AAAGAAUUGAAUUAAAUUUAAUUAUAUUCAAUCUUAAUAAGAUAUAGGAAAAAAUGAUUAAGACAUUAGCUUCAAUCAAACAACAAAUCGAAAAAAUCAAUGAACAUGAUAAGGAAACUGGUUACAACAUCACAAUAAAUGAUUUUAAAAAAUCACUCGAUUUAUUCGAUGGUUUAAAAAAACUUCAACAAACUUUAACUACUCAAAAACAAAAAACAGGUAAACAAAUAGCUGUUAAACAAGAGACUGAUCAACAAUUAGUUUCAAACUUUAUGGAAUGGUUAAAAAAUAGUGGUUUUGAUGAAACCAAAUCAAAAGUUAAAAUUGGUAGAAAUCUUGCAGAAGGUUCAGGUUUAGUUUCAACAUGUGAUAUUAAAGAGGGUGAAGAGUUUCUCGAAAUACCAGAAAAAUUAUUUAUUGACAUCAUGACAGCUUUAAAAUCAUUUGGCCAAUCAGGAUAUGAUAUUUUAUUACGUGAUAAUCUUAUUAGAAGAGUACCAAAUUUAGUUUUGGCUCUUUAUUUAAUUAAAGAAUCAACAAAUCCAGAUUCAUCUAUCGCACCAUAUCUUAAAGUUUUACCAAAAACAUACUCCACCAUUGGUUAUUGGGGCAUAGAGGAUUUUAAGCAAUUGGAAGGUUCACCAGUUUUCCAAACUGCAGUUAAUUAUACUCGUGGCUCAAUGCGUCAAUAUUGUUAUUUCUAUCAAUUAUUCGAUAAUAAUCCAGGUAUUCUCCAAACCUCAAAUUUCACCUAUGAAGCUUUUAUUUGGGCUGUUGCAACUGUUCAAAGUCGUCAAAAUCCAGUCGGUGGAGGUCAAGAAAUGGCACUUAUUCCAUUUUGGGACUUUUGCAAUCAUUCUUCACAUGGUGGCAAAAUUACAACUUUUAUCGAUCCAGUUAAACAUGUAUUAACCUGCUCUGCUGCUAAAAGCUAUAAAAAGGGUGAACAAGUUUAUAUGUAUUACGGUCCACGUCCAAAUUCCCAAUUUUACUUAUUCCAAGGCUUCUCAUUAAAAACCAACUUAAAUGAUGACUAUUCAUUUGAUAUGGAUUUAGAUAAUGAAGACGAUCGUGAUAUCGCUCAUGACAAGAUUCAUAUCCUUGAAGAAAGAUGUGGUUUAAGAGUUGGUCAAACAGUUUCACUCUCACAAAAUCCAUCAUCCGAAAAAUUACCAGCUGAAAUUAUCCCAUUCUAUCGUAUUGCCGCUUUAUCACCAGAAGAAACUAAAAAAUUAGCUCCACCACAAGAAGAAGGUCACCAUCACCACCAUCAAGGUCCAAUGGAUAUGAAACCAGAGGCAUUCAAUAUUAUCAGUGAGGAAAAUGAAAAGAAAGCUUUUAAAUUACUUUUGGAUUCAUUAAAAGCUAGAUUAUCAGGCUAUCCAACCACUUUAGCUCAAGACGAACAAGAAAUGAAAAAUAACCCAACAACUCAAAGAAGAUAUGUCUUAUACAUUUUAAUCAAUGAAAAGAAAAUUUUAGAAAGAAACAUCAAGUAUGUCGAACAAUUAAUCGAAAAGGGUGUUAUGAAUGCAGAAUUAAAGAAAAUCGAGUUUUCCGAAGAAGAAUCAUGCGGUGACGAUCAUGGUGAUCACGGUCAUAGUCAUGCUGGUGGUCAUAAUCAUAGCCAUGGUGGUCACGGUCAUAGCCAUGGUGGUCAUGGUCAUAAACACUAAAAAGAAAACUCUGUUGUAUAAAAAAUAUAUAAUAAAAAUAUUUAUAUAAUAAAAAAAAAAAAAGUUUUUGAUAUUUA